AUGAACAGCCCAGGUAUUAUAACUCUCAUUUACCAUCACUUGGGAAGGUUUCCUGAAAUCAAGGCUCUUGGUGGCUUUCUUGCUGUCUGGGCGCUUUUUCGCUGGGUUCGAUAUUAUCGCUCAUGGAUCGAUCUACCCGCCGUUGGCCCUAAGGGUUUUCUGGCGUCUAGAUGGUCUGGGCUAAAGUGGCCCGCAAAUAGUGAUCAACUUCUUCAGGAGGGAUAUGUCAAGCAUGGCGAUUAUGCGUUCCAGGUACGGACACGGGACAGAUGGGAGGUGUGUGUAUGCAACGAUGACAUGGUCCGUGAAUACCAAGUCCUUUCCGAUGAGUAUGCAUCCCUGGACGCCGUCAGUGAAGAUCUCUUUCAGACCAUGUACACUUGCCCAGGUGUCGCAGAUUCGCUCAAACAUGUUCCCGUGGCGGCCCUCUCGAAGGCCGUCGUUUGGUCCAGAAACCGCACAACGGGGAAAGAUUCCACAUACUUCCAGGAGCUCGUGAAAGAGCAAGAAUUUGGGUUGAAGGCCGAACUCAACGUUUCUCCAGGUGAAUGGACGGAGUUCAACUGCCUCUCAGUCGCACUAGCAUUGAUGCUCCGCAUGAUUGGCCGAGUGUUGGUCGGUCACCCACUCUGUCGGGACCCAGAAGCCAUCUCGUUGUUCAUGAGAUACGGCUCGGCCGUCCCGGUGAGUGGGUAUCAAAUUGCGUGGCUGCCGCGCGUAUUAAGACCCUUGCUGGGUCCCCGUUUUGCCGCUUCUCGCAUGCAAGUUGAACUGAGCACUCUCAUAGUCGAGGACAUGAAGCGCAAUGCCGAUGCCAAAGACGACCAGCUGACGCUUGCGCAAUGGGUAUGGCGGUGGACGCAGCGCGAAACACCCGGCGAGUAUACCGAAUUUGACGUUGCUGGAUUGCUAGUGUCCUCCAUCUUCGGCGCAGUGCAUACCGCCGGUUCGGUGCUAACAAAGACCUUCUACGAGCUCACUCAACGGCCAGAGUACAUCGAUAUUCUUCGCAGCGAAGUCGAACAAGCCAUUAGCGAACAUGGAGGCGUCGGCAGGGAAUCCAUUGAGGCAAUGACAAAGCUGGACAGUUUCAUUAAGGAAACCAUGCGCCUACAACCUGUGGGUCCAGCCGCAGUGCAUCGAGUCAUCAAGAAAGACUACACAUUUAAGAACGGCGUAAAACUACCGAAGGGAACUUUUGUCUUCGCUCCAAAUACACAGCUACAUUUGGAUGACCGCCAUUACGAUCAACCGGAAGAGUUUGAUGCAUUGCGAUUUCACAAGCUCGGACAUGAGUCAGGCAAACCGAAUAACUAUAAAAUUGCUGGCUCCAGUCCUAAAACACGUCAGUUUGGUGACGGAAAACAUGCUUGCCCUGGGAAGCAGUUAGCUGCGGAUCUUCUACGAAUUAUCAUGGCCCACUUCCUGAUCAACUUCGACAUCCGGAAGUGUGACGAAGCCACCAGUUACCCAUCUAUGGAGCUACGAGGCAUGUCAAUCAAGCAGCGCACGCCAUCAGCAUGA